GGGGCAACUUUGCUUCUUUAAUGGAAGCAAGUCGGAAGCAGUUCGGCGACAUAGUGGGCUUCAUCCCGCCGGCGGGCGAGAACGGGGUUCAUCUGUUUCAUUUCGACCACAUAAAGGACGCAUGUGCGAAGCAAGAAUUUACUGGGAGACUAGACAACUUUCUAUUGCUCUUGCGCAGCUAUCAUCAACAGCUCGGCAUAAUUUUCAGCCAAGGUGCCGCGUGGGUUGAACACAGACGCUUCGCCCUGCAUCAUCUGAAGGAUCUCGGCUUUGGAAAAGUCUCCACGGAGUCGAUAGUUAUUGAUGAGUUCGAAGAGCUCGCCAAAGACAUGAUUCGCGACAUUGGUUCGCCGAUGAAGGUCAACUGCCGCUUCCACCUGACGGUGCUGAACGUCCUCUGGCGUCUGGUAGCAGACAACAGAUUCGACAGCCGCGACCCGGAUGCCCAGACUUACAUAAACACCGUCAACGAGUUCUUCGCGGUGCUCAAUCCGCACAACCCGCUGCAGUUGGCACCGUGGCUGCGACACAUAGCUCCGGAGUGGAGUGGCUACAACGCUGUGGUUCGCCACCGCAGCGUGACCACUGGCAUGUUCAAGGAGCUGAUCCGCGAGCACCAGCAGACGCUGGACCGCUCCAGCCCGCGCGACUUCAUCGACCUCUUCCUGCUCGAGAUGGAGGCGCCGGGCGCCGAGGGUCGCCAGUUCACGGAGCAGAACCUGACCAUCAUCGGCAUGGAUCUCUUCGUCGCCGGCAUGGAGACGACCUCCACCUCGCUGAGCUGGGCGCUGCUCUUCAUGGUGCUUCACCCGGAGGUGCAGAGCCGCGUGCAGCGUGAGAUUGACGCCGUCCUGGGCGGCCGUCACCCCGCUUACGCCGAUCGUCACGACAUGCCGUACACGGCGGCCACGCUGAUGGAGGUGGCGCGGCGGGCCACCGUGCUGCCGCGGUCGGUGAGCCACCGCGCUGUCCGCGACGCCGACCUCGCCGGCUACGCGAUCCCCAAGGGCACGGUGCUGGUGAUGCACCUGGACGCCGUGCACAUGGACGCGGCGUACUGGGGCGACCCGCACGCCUUCCGGCCGGAGCGUUUCCUGCAGUCGGACGGCAGCUUGCGACGCGACGAGCGGCUCAUCCCGUUCGGCGUUGGCAGGAGGAUCUGUCUGGGUGAGACGCUGGCCCGCAUGGAGAUGUUCGUGCUGUUCACCUGCCUGUUGCAGAAGUACAGAAUGUCUGUAAAUCGGGAGCAGGCCCCUCCAGAUGUCUCCUCUCGGAGAGACAUCGCAGGCGCCUAUCGGGGGAUCACCAGUGAGUACAGCUCAGCUCCGUCUCGACGCGUCCGCUCCCGGACUGAGGCCGAGCUGUCGCCGGACCGUUAG